UAAAUUCAAGUUGUAGCGGGCGUGCUUGUCGAGAUUAAGGAGUUGGUGUGCCCGUAUCCAACUCUGGAUGUGAUGGUUGCAAACCUUUGCUCUGGAGCCCCUUCCUGCAAAGGCCGCUGCACAAACGGAAAGGCGGCCAGGUGAGGUUCUCCAACGAUCAGACCAUCGAGCUGGAGAAGAAGUUCGAGACCCAGAAAUACCUCUCCCCGCCCGAGCGGAAGCGCCUGGCCAAGAUGCUGCAGCUCAGCGAGAGGCAGGUGAAAACAUGGUUUCAGAAUCGACGUGCUAAAUGGAGGCGACUAAAACAGGAGAACCCUCAAGGGAAUAAAAAAGAUGAUCUGGAAAGUUUGGACAAUCCUUGUGAACAGAGGCAAGAGUUGCCCAGUGAACAGAACAAAGGUGCUUCUCUGGAUAGCUCUCAGUGUUCACCCUCCCCGGUCUCCCAGGAAGACCUGGAAUCGGAGAUCUCCGAGGACUCGGAUCAGGAAGUGGACAUUGAGGGUGAUAAAGGCUAUUUUAAUGCUGGAUGAUAGCCACUGGCUCUGGCUGGCAUCUUUGGCAAACUGGAUUUGGGGAUGACAAUUUGCUUCAGAAAAUCUUCAUGGAAGAAGUGGAAAAAUAUAAGAGAAAGGAACCAAUUUUCUGGUAUUCCAGAAACCCUAAAAUAUGUGGUGCACUAAUUAACAAGCUCACAUUGAAGCCUUAAAUGGAUGGUGUGCUGAUUUUAGAUUUCUGUGAUAAAGUGACUCUUCAGCCCCCCCAUCUCCCGCUAAAGUAAAUCAUUACUUCUAUUUAUAGAAAAGCCAUCUUUUCCACUUUUUGUUAGGUUUUUAAGUUAUGACUUAAAAGGUUUUAAGCAGGUUCUUCUUGAAUAACUUUCCUGUAAUUGGGAAUCUCCACCACACGUAACUGGAAGAGUAAAGGGACACCCUAAAUGCACAGAUAGGCAGCCUUGUUCUCCAAGGCUUUGCAGGCAGUCUAGGGAUAUUUUAAAAGGAAACAGUCGUUUAUGUGAAAUUCUUACAUUGCUGCCUGAAAUCAUGGCAGUUUUUCUCGUGUGUUUGUAUUCAUUUGUCAGGGAGAGCUGAUAGGAAUCUUCAAUGCUUGUUUUGCACUCUCAGUACCUGCUCGACCAUGGGGAUCCCCCAAAUCCCCUGCCUUGUGGAGGUCAUACCAACUCUUAGUAACCCCAUAGGACAGAUGCGGGUUUGUGAGGCUGUAAAUCUCGCUGGCAAACGACUGCCAAGGCGCUCUCCCAAGGAGAGGCUGCUGGAUUUGAAGCCCCCCACCCCCUGCCUUUUGGUAAGCAGCUGAGUGCUCUCACUUCUACCCCGCCGAGAUUCCCUGAUCAGGGGCCGAGUACUGUCCCACGCGAGCAGAGAAGCUGACUGGCGAGGUGACUGACAUUAAUCACAAAUGGUCUAGAAGGUUAGUAGCAGGUUAAUUAAAUGUAAGGUUGUAGAUAAUUGUUUUAUAUCAAUGUUUAUAAUGUUGUUUGUAUAUAUAAUCGUUCACUGGAAUGGCCAAAGUGGUGGUCUUUUUUUUUUUCAAGUGGAGAAACUUGGUAUAAAAUAAAUCUGUCGGUGGGAUGACUGGC